UUAUAAUGUAUGUAAUGUUGAAUAAAACUCAUAGUAAUUAAAUCAAUCAAAAAUUGAGUUUUUAUUUCCCAUCAUAUCAGGACCAAGAACCAUGUUUUGUGAUCCCGGUAUAAAUCAUAUAAACCCUGCAGAUCAAUAUUUACGUUUGAUAAAGCCCCAUGUUUGUACCUCAUACACGCUUCACAACUAUGACUACCACUUGCCUUGAACUUCCCCGCGCAGCUGUCUUUCAAAAUAAUGAAUGGGGAUAGUGUUAGCAAAAGAUUGCAGAAGGAAUUAAUGGAGUUGCUAAUGUCUAACGACAAAAGCGUGACGGCAUUUCCAGAUGGUGAAAAUCUCACUCGUUGGCUAGCGUCUAUACGUGGUCCUGAUGGAACGGUAUAUGAAGGUCAGCAAUACAAACUUUCACUUGAGUUUGGCCCUAACUAUCCAUACAGUCCUCCAAAUGUGCGUUUUGUUUCGAAAUGUUAUCAUCCUAAUGUUGAUACUCGUGGAGUAAUAUGCUUAGAUAUUCUGAAAGAAAUGUGGUCUCCUUUACUGACUGUAGAAAAUCUUCUGUUAUCUAUUCGAAGUUUAUUAGCAGAACCCAAUAAUGAUAGUCCUUUAAAUGGGCAAGCAGCUCAACUAUGGUCUAAUCCUUCUGCAUUCCGUGCUGAAAUGAUGAAAUUUCAAGCAUCAUCGUCCAACAGCUAGUCUAUGUAAAUAUUUCAGUGUCUGGCUAUUGUGUACAGUCAAAUUUUCUCCUUAACAGUCCACAAACUUUUGUACUAUCCAUUCUCUUUCCCUCUAUUUUCUAGUUUCUAUAUUCUACCUAAAUCCAUGUAUUUAUCCAAAUGCAAGACAUACUCAAAAGACUCGC